AUGGCGGUACCGCUGCGCGUCUCGCGGCCCCCUCUUCCCUUCCGCCGCUCGUCGCCCGAGCAUUCCCCACCGCUCCCUCCGCGCUCGCCGCUUCCUCCUCUACUACGCCUGACCGCUGCGCGCACCACAGCGCCUGCCGCCCUCCGCACAGCGCUCCCCCCAGCCACAUCGCCGGCCGCCCCGCCUCGCUCCGUCCGCCGACCCACGUGCCUGGCCCUGUGCCGGGGCUACAGGCGCAG